AUGCAUAGGAAGUUUGUCUUUUUAGUGCCAGUUUUUUGCAUUGUAGUGGCGAGUGUCAUGGGUCAGACACCCGUGGGUGCUAAGGCCACUACUCCACCAGCUGCUUCUCCCACUAAGACCAAAACUCCUGCCCCUGCUAAAGCACCAGCCACUGCUCCAACUAUCCCCGUUGUUACAGCACCAGUAUCAACACCACCAGCGAGAGUGCUACUUUUGGAGAGGGUAAUUUAUUAUACAAAAGUGAAACUAGGAUCUCCACCAAAUGAAUACAAGGUGGUGAUUGAUACUGGGAGUGAUAUCUCAUGGGUUACAUGUAGCUCCUGCGAAGAUUGUCCUGGAAGAAGUGGACUUGGGUUUGAGCUGAACUUCUAUGACAGUGCCAGCUCAUCAACUGCAUCGGUCAUACCUUGUUCAGACCGAAUGUGUUCUUGGGGUCAGUGCUCCAGUAGAAAUCAGUGCGCUUACACAGUGCAUUACGAAGAUAUGAGUGGCACUACCGGCUAUUUUGUGUCAGAUUUACUACAUCUUGACACAAUCUUGGGGAGCUCGCUGAUCGCCAGCUCUUCAACACCAUUUGUUCUUGGUUGA